CGGAGGAUGGGAAUGGGGAGAGCAGGACGGGUGUCGUGGGAGGGGAAACUUGCGCGAGAAAGACGGAGAAAGACUCCGUUCCCAGUUCUCGCCCCAAACGCUCCUGGGGCGGUGAGCGGUACCUGGAGCACCCUGUGGCGUUUCCGGAUCCUCCCGUCCGGGCUUCGUAUAUCUCCGUGGUGACGCCCUGCUCCAGUUUCGUUUCUUCCCCUAAGUUAGGGUUUGUAUCCGCAAAGAGAACUAGGCAGUCUUGGUUAUGAUUAGCGUAUACUCUCUAAGAUGUGAAGACUCCACGUGCUCUGUGUCCUUUGUUUCCAAGGCCCUGCGGAGUGAAGAUUUAAUUCCAAGGUCAUGGCAAAACAUCUGAAGUUCGUUGCCAGGACUGUGAUGGUACAGGAAGGGAACGUGGAAGGUGCAUACAGGACCCUAAACAGAAUCCUCACCAUGGAUGGGCUCAUUGAGGACAUUAAGCGACGACGGUACUAUGAAAAGCCUUGUCGCCGAAGACAAAGAGAAAGCUAUGAAACCUGCCGGCGUAUCUACAACAUGGAAAUGGCUCGCAAAAUCAACUUCUUGAUGCGAAAGAACCGGCCGGAUCCGUGGCAGGGCUGCUGAGGCCUGUGGAUAGUAGGCCCAGUAUGAAAAUCCCUAUCCAGCUAAUCUUUCUUUCUCUGAUCCUAUUUUCUCUUACUUUUCUUGUAAUAAAUUCAGUCACAUAUAUGUAAGAAGGCCUGCAUACAUAGAAGCAGUCGCAUAGUUAACAAUGGACUCUGUCUUUUAUUACAUGAAAAAGAAAGUAAGUCAGAAAGUAGUCUAAGAGUAGAAUGGUAGUUGCCAAGCACUGGCCGGGAGUGGGGCAUGGGUAGUUAGUGUUUAAUGGGUACAGAAUUUUAGUUGGGGAAGCUGUACAAGUUCCAGAGACAGAUGAUGGUGAUAGUUGCACAACACUGUGAAUAUGCUUAAUGCCACUGAACUGUACAUUAAAUGGUUACAAUGGCAAAUUUCCUAUAUAUUUAGCUAUAAUAAAAAUUUAUUGGGGAGGGACAAAAAGGGGGAGGAGGGGAAAAAUUUAUUAAAUAGUCUAAGAGAGGUGAGGAACUUUUCUAAAAUGUAGUGAAAUAUAUCUACCAUUUCCUACCCAAUUCUUAUGAAACCCAAAGCAGGAAAUUAUUGGAAAAGCAUCUGUUACUCUUUACUGAACUGUACCCCCUCUACCAACUGUUAGAUAAAAGGAGAGGAGGCAUCUAUGUAUUUGGAAUAAAUUGCCACUGAAACACCCAUCAA